UUGCCCCCAAAUUGCCCUAAGCAGUCUAAAUAACGAGGAGCCCGAAGGAAAAGCCCGGUAGGGUUUAGAGUGAACCCUGUACCUGAACCCCUUCGCCGCCUCCAAAGUGGCCAGCCAGCGGGGCAGCGGCAUCCUCGCCGGUUUCUUCUGCUCAGUGGUCCCUUACGCUGCCUUCUACUUGGUCAUUUUCAUCUCGCUUGCUACCCGCCAAUUCGAAUACUUAUGCUCCAGAACUUCAACAAAAUGCGAAGGUCGGCAACUUCCCUAUUCCGAUCUCUGGGAUCUCGAAAGUUUUCUUCGACGGCAGCCUCCGCUUCACAUGACCAGAUAGUUGCAGCCGUUCUUUUUGAGCGUUUACCUGUCGUCAUUCCGAAGAUCGACCCCAUCGUCUAUGCUUUCCAGGAAUUCUCUCUUCGAUGGGGGCAGCAGUAUCGGAGGAAGUACCCCGAUGAAGUCUUGGGGAAGGGGGAAGCAAGGGGAAAAGGUGACUACCAUAUUGAUUAUGUGCCAGCCCCGCGGAUCACUGAAGCUGACAAGAUCAAUGACCAAAAGUCAUUAAAGAGAGCUCUUGAUAGAAGAUUAUAUCUUCUCCUAUAUGGUAGCACAUUUGGAGCUCCUAGCAAGAAACCUGUUUGGCAUUUUCCAGAAAAAGUUUAUGAAAAUGAAGAUACAAUGAGAUUGUGUGCCGAAUCCGCAUUGAAAUCCAUACUUGGUGGGCUUGAUCAUACUUAUUUUGUUGGGAAUGCUCCUUUUGCGCACAUGACCAUAGGACCAACAGAAAACUCCCCUGAUUCUCCCAUGCUUCAAGAAGAUUGAGCUCAGAGUAAGCCUGCACUGCAAAGCAUGUGAGAGAACUGUCCGUAAAGCACUCUGCCGGUUAAAGGGUGUAACCUGUGUAGAAGUGGACAUGAAAUCGAGUAAGGUUACAGUUUUGGGCUACAUUGAUAAGGAUGCAGCCAUGAAAGCAGUUCGGAGAACUGGAAGAAGAGCAGAAGUGUGGUCAAAUAGCUGCCAUAGGUGCUGUAACUCAGUUACAGACUUCCCUCAAGGCAGGUUUAAGUGCAUAUUUUGGAAAUGGAAGAAGAGGAAGGAUUCAAUUAUUCAUAAGCUGGUUUAAGUGCAGGUGCAGAAGCUUACUAUUAAUUGAGCACCAAUUGGGUUGGAUCAAAAUGAAAGGAUCAAUUAAUGGCGUGUUAAUGAGUUGUCUGCCUGCAAUGUGUACCUGCUUAUAAAUAAUCGAUAUUAAAUACAUCAAAUCACUAUAAAUUUGUUAAACAAAAUCGUACAAGCAGUCUUCUAACAUCAACUCAUUUUUAAUUCUGGGGAGUUUUUCACUGAAGGGCUCUAUGAUUAUAGAUUUAUAUGGAGUCUAAAUCUUAC